GGGCGGCCGCUGCGCUGCGCUGGCUGGGGUCAUGGGGCGGGUGGCCGCGGCGUUCCCGCGUCUCCCCCCCUUCCUGCUGCUGCUGGUGCCCGGGGCCCUGGGGCUGCGGCUGCUCCUCAGCGCCCCGCCGCCCUUCGACUGCUCGCAGCCGGAUCUAAACUGUCUCGUAAGAAAUAGUACCUGCAUGGACCAGAGCUGGUUACAGGUUUUAAAAUGGACUCCCUCCGCUCCAAGCGUUCUUGAUGUCCACCCUGACGUUUUCCAUGAUGAGGGAAAACUGCUCCCUGUGCUGCGGAUAGAGUGGAUGGUGGCUACUGAUGCAAGCAUUCAGUAUCUCCAGGGAGUGGAGCUGGCUGUGCUACAACUGAACAAUAAUCAACAAAUCUGUGCCCAGUUUGACUUUCAGAACAAUCUGCCACUUCAGGUCCGUCCGGAUGGAGGCCGGUGGAACUUCACUUUCAACCGCUUUGAGGUGGAGCCUGGCCAGAUGUACCAAGUGACUGUCCAUCAUCUGCCCAAACUGGGCACCAGUGGAGACCACAACUGUAAAUCCACAUCUUACACGGUGCCUGGUAAGGGAAUUGCCAGCGAACCAAAAAGUCUGUUAGCCCAUCUCUACUUAACACAUCCUCUGCAGAGUGGACAGCAGCACCGUGUGAAUGUCACUGUCAAAAUCGAGGAGAACUUAAAAGCCUGUUGCAAUUACAAAGUACAGAUUCAACCAUUCUUUACCAUUUGUGGCACCGACUGUUUGAGACAUUCUGCUGUCAUCCCAUGUCCCUCAGUUGCUCCACCUACAUAUCCUGCAGAUGAUCCGAUUAUGUGGCUAUACUGGUGUAUCACUGGCAUCUGCAUUUUACUGGUGGGAUCAGUCAUAGCUGGUGCUAUUUACAUGACCCGAAGACAAGUAGGCCGCCAGCACAGGAAAUAUAGCAGCCAUGAGCUGUUACCUCCACAGCUGACUCCACCAUCCCUGAGGCCCCGGAAGGUUUGGAUUGUGUACUCUGCUGACCACCCACUCUAUGUAGAUGUGGUACUGAAGUUUGCCCAGUUCUUGAUCACAGUCUGUGGUACUGAGGUAGUCCUGGAUCUGCUGGAAAAGCGUCAGAUUUCAGAGAUCGGGGCCUUACCCUGGCUUACUCGACAGAAAAAAGAAAUGGAAGAACUAUCUUCAAAGAUCAUCAUUUUGUGUUCUCGGGGCACCCGGGCCAAAUGGCAGGCUAUGCUUGGGAAGGAGGGAACAGCUGUCUCUCUCAAGCAAGAUCAAUGGCAGCCUACUGGAGACAUGUUCACUCCAGCCUUGAAUUUGAUCCUACCAGACUUCAAGAAACCAGCUUGUUUUGGCAUGUAUAUAGUCUGCUAUUUUGAGGGCAUAAGUGAGGAUAAGGAUAUUCCUGACCCAUUCAAUGUCACAUCCAAGUACCAGCUGAUGGACAGGUUUGAGGACAUUUAUUUUCUGAUCCAGGAUAUGGAGAAGUUUGAACCAGGGCGGAUCCAUCAAAUCCAGGAGAUCACCGCUGAAAACUAUGCUGAAAACUCCAAUGGCUGGAAGUUGAAGGAGGCAGUACAGACAUUCCAGGAAUGGCAGGCAAAGUACCCUGAUUGGUUUGAGAGAGAGAACACCUGCUCAGAAGAUGAGUCUCUGGAUAAGGAAAUACUGGAAGAAUUCAUGCCGGGUAAUGGAGAGGUAAUUAUAAAACAGCAGCUGCAUGUUCAAGAGCCUGAUCCCAAUGGCUGUUGUGCAGUUAGCCUCCAUGUGAAUGAAGAUGAGGGUGGAAAUUUUAAACUGCAGCUUCAGCUUAAUCCACAGGGGAAUCCAACUUCCCAGACCCUGAUGAUUCCCAUGGAUGAGGCACCUCCAGUUCAGAUGGUGGAGCCAAUUUCUAUUACAGGAGGUAAAAAUGCAACUAGUCAUCAGGUGCUGACCAACACAGAUUGGAUGGAAGGAAUCCCUCUGCUGGAGACUAGUGUCCCAAUGAGGAACAGCAUCAUCCUUCAUGAUGAUUUUGAUGUCCCAUCAUCAGACAACCAGAGAUCUGCAGACCACCUCCCAAAUGAAAUGAGGCAGCAGCUGGAGGGGUUAAUGUACUCUCUUUACCAGCAAAGCCUCAUUCCUUCUGAGCCAUCUCUCUGUCAAGAAGAUGUUGAAGAGCAGCAGCAGCAGAUGGCUUUCAAUAACCCAUGCAAAGAUCAGAGACAGUCAGUACAAUCAGACCAGGGCUACAUCUCCAGAUGUUCCCCUUUGCCUCCUGAUGAUCUGGUGGAGGAAGAGGAAGAGGAGGACCAAGAACAGGAAAACAAGAUGCCUUCUCAGUGUCUCUCUCCAGAGGUCUUGGACAGUCUAAAGAGUCUCCAACAGAAGCUGCUUUUCCAGGAAAUUCAGCAGAAAUCUGUCUGGGAGCACAUGGGUGGGAUGAUGGACACAGGUCAUUGUGCAGCGGACUCUUAGACUCUCUGUCCAGGACCAUUCCAUUUGAAAAAUAGGGCUGGAGGGUGGUAGUGUGUAUAAUUUCAGCACUCUUCUUCAAGCAGUCUCCUCAUCCUUGUAAAACAAGGGUCCUAUGUUCUAAUCAGUAGGAAAUCUCUAACUGAUGCAUAUCACCCGGAGGCAGACUUGCCAAGUGAAUACAGUAUGGUCCACCUACCUAUACCUCUUAAAACACAACUGUUACCUCCUAAUCUAUCUCUGAAUGGAGGAAGAUGACAGCAAUGUUAGUCCCCUGCAUGUGCUGUGGAGGAAUUGGUACUAAAUCUGUUACUCCAUAAGAAAUCUACUGUGUGUAGAAUCCACUGUGAACUAAUUACAGGCAAAUUGUGGUCCAUCAGGCUGCAUCUCUCAGGAUGCCUGUUACACCAUCAUUCCAGCUUAUUGUAGAGGACUAAAGUCACAGUUAUGGAGGAGAGGGUAAAGACUCUGAUUCUGAUAUCAGUUUAUUAGCUAAGCUUUAUUGUAAAUGCUGUAGUAAGUAAUUUAUACCUCAGAUCACAACCAGUGAUGACUAGGGCCCUACCAAAUUCACUGUCCAUUAUGGUCAAUUUCAUGGCCACAGGAUUUGAAGACUG